GGCAGAUGAGGGCACGUGUGGGUGACAUCUGUUCCCGUUGAACAAAGGGACCGCGAGCCAGGGAGGCCAGAGCUCUUCUCCAUUAGCUUUGCCAUCGCGUCGGUCUUGCAGCUUCUCCCUGGGCCACUUCCAGCCAUGAAGCUCCUUUUGCUGGCUCUGGCUGCACUGCUGCUCUUGUCCCAGCUCACCCCAGGUGGCACCCAAAAAUGCUGGAAUCUUCGUGGCAGGUGUCGCCACAAAUGCUCCAAGAAGGAAAGGAUCUACGUUUACUGCACAAAUAAUAAAAUGUGCUGUGUGAAGCCCAAGUACCAGCCAAGAGAAAAGCCGUGGUCACUUCGAGGUCCUUGAAGCCUAAAGCCAUGAAAAUGCAGAUGAAGCUGCCCUGAGUCUCAUCCAGGUGGAUGCUUGAGCUCUAUCAAUAAACACCUUUGGCUGA